UUAAGGCUUUGACAUUUGCCUGCCUCACAUGUACGGUACUUGAUACUUGACCACUGGCGGCUAAGCCAAAUUCACACUGCUAGUGAGAUAGAACUAAGCUGCAUACAAAACAACCAAAAUGAGAAGCCGCAGUAAUUCUGGAGUGAAACUCGACAACUAUGCCAGAAUGUUGCAACAGACAAUCCUCUGUCACCAGGAUCCGGUGACAGGGUUACUCCCAGGAGAUGAGACGUUGCUUCACGCCUGGGUUAGAGACAAUGUGUACAGCAUCCUGUCUGUGUGGGCUCUGAGUCUGGCCUACAGGAAGAAUGCAGACAGAGAUGAAGACAAAGCCAAAGCCUAUGAACUGGAUCAGAGUGUGGUCAAACUAAUGCGAGGAUUACUGCAGUGCACGAUCAGACAGCUUGAUAAGGUGGAGAAGUUCAAGUACAGCAAAAACACCAACGACUGCCUUCAUGCUAAGUACCAUACAGGAACUUGUGCCACUGUAGUUGGUGAUCAGGAAUGGGGACAUCUACAGGUGGACGCCACCUCCAUCUUCAUGCUCUUUCUGGCCCAAAUGACAGCAUCAGGGCUGAAAAUUGUUUACACACGUGAUGAGGUUGAUGCUGUCCAAAAUCUGAUCUUUUACAUUGAAUCUGCGUACAAAGUGGCGGAUUUUGGAAUGUUGGAACGAGGAGACAAGACGAAUAAAGGGAUCCCUGAGAUAAAUGCCAGCUCUAUUGGCAUGGCAAAGGCAGCUCUGGAGGCCUUAGAUGGACUGAAUCUUUUCGGUGCCAAGGGCGGCCCAGAGUCUGUCGUACACUCUUUAGCUGAUGACAUUCAGCACUGCCAAUCUAUUCUCAGCUCCAUGCUGCCAAGGGCAUCAACAUCCAAAGAGGUGGAUGAUUGGGUUCUUUCCAUCAUCUCUUAUCCUGCAUUUGCAGUUGAGGACAUUGACAUUGUUAAUAUCACCAAAGAAGAAAUCAUUUCAAAACUUCAGGGCAGAUAUGGAUGCUGUCGCUUUCUUAGAGAUGGACAUAAAACUCCCCGAGAGGUUAUUAAUAGAUUGAUUUGCGAGUCAUCAGAGCUGAAGCUCUUUGAGAACAUAGAGUGUGAAUGGCCAUUGUUCUGGACAUACCUCAUCCUGGAUGGCAUUUUUAUCAACAGCCCAGAACAGGUUCAGGAGUACAGAGAGGCUUUAGACAGCAUUCUCAUCAGAGGGAAGAAUGGAUUACGAUUGGUCCCUGAGCUUUAUAGUGUUCCUCCAGAUAAGGUUGAUGAAGAGUAUGCUAAUCCUCACACCGUAGAUAGAGUGCCAGUAGGUAAGUGUCCACUGAAAUUGGGCCAGUCUCUGUACAUAUUGGGUAACCUGCUGGCAGAGGGUUUUUUAGCGGCUGGAGAAAUCGAUCCUCUCAAUAGACGCUUCUUUACUGUUCCCAAGCCUGAUGUUGUGGUUCAAGUGUCUAUCCUGGCAGAAAGCGAUGCGAUUAAACAGCUCCUACAGAGCCAUGGCAUUGAUUCAGAAACCCUGGAGGACGUUCACCCAAUCCAAAAUUUUGUUUUUUUUGGGCGUAACCAAAGGUUGGGAUUGACUGGACGGCCGUACCGGCGUAUUGGUGUGCUGGGAACAUCCAAAUUCUACAUUAUUCGCAACACCAUAUUUACCUUCACACCUCAAUUUGUAGACCAUCAUGAGUUCUAUCUGGCCCUGGACAAUCACAUGAUUGUGGAAAUGCUCCGUAUCGACCUCUCCUACCUCUGCUCUUGCUGGAGGAUGACAGGCUGACCCACAGUAACGUUCCCAAUUUCACACAGAAUGCUCACCGAUGAUCACAAGCACAUCGAUCCUGCUGUUUUGGCAACCUUGAACAAACUACAGGAUGGUUACUUUGGAGGAGCAAGGGUUAAGACUGGGAAACUUUAUGAUUUUCUUGACACCUCCUGUUGUGCCCAUCUUACAUUUAUGGAUUGUGAGGUUGAUGACCUGGCUGUGUAUCUGGACCAGCUACUGGAAGUUCCUCAGCAGAGUCCUAUUAGUGCCAUUAAAGGAGGCCUAAACCGCUUCAGGGCAGCAGCCAAAAAGACUCAGGAGAUGGUGUCUCUGGUGCACAAAGCCAGAGAGCUCAAUAUACACAAUGUGCAGAUGUACCUUCCAACGAAACUUUUCCAUUCUCCGGCACCAAACCUUAAUUUGCUGGAUAAGAAAGAAAAGGCAUCUGAGACACAGGCCCCUCGACCUACGAACCUGCCCAGAGAUGUCAAUGGUGGGAUUGACUACCCAGCCUUAGUGCAGAUGCUGAAACAAAGACAAAAUUUGCAGGAUCAGGCUGAUAUUCUCUACAUCCUGUUCAAAGACAAGGGAAUGGAUUGGGACACCAAGCUGCAUGGGAAAGGUUGGACGGUAAGACGACUACUGAGUGAUUUGUAUGAAAGUGCAGGAAACCUAAAACAUUGGGGCCUCAUCCGGAUGAUCUGUGGGAUGCUACACAAGAAAGUAGAAGAGCUGGAUGCUGCCUGCUCAGAUUUGCUCAUCCAUCAGAAACAUCUAACAGUUGGCCUUCCUCCUGAACCAAGAGAGAAAACUAUUUCAGCCCUGAUGCCCCCAGAUAAGUUGGCAAGGCUGAUCGAUGAGGCUAGCGAGAACAACCUCACCAUCGCCGUUCUCACUCAGGAGAUAAUGGUGUUUCUGGCUGUGAGUAUUCGUACCCAGCCUAAAAUCUUCAGUGAAAUGUUUCGCCUCCGAAUUGGCCUUAUCCUUCAAGUCAUGGUCACAGAGCUUGCUCAAUCCCUCAACUGUUCAGGUGAGGAGGCUACAGAGAGUUUGAUGAACAUGUGCCCAUCUGAAAUGAAGAACCUGCUGGUUCACAUUCUCAGUGGCAAAGAGUUUGGCGUUCAAAAAAGUGUGCACUCAGUUGGAAAUGUGGUCAGCUCUGCUGUCAAUAUCCAUGACAUGAGCAAAUCCAGCUCCACCAAAACUGAAGUGAAAGUUGCAAGUAAACAGGGUGGUGAUAUCAAAUUGGUUGUGUCAGUUCAUUCACUGGAUAUUGGAAAUAUUGAAUCAGGGAGAUACAGACUUCCAUCCAUUGAGUCAUUUCAGGGAUCAUUAGGAGCCACGUUGGUGCGUGACAGCAGACAUGGCCAGUGGCUUCGGCGCAGACGUCUUGAUGGAGCGCUCAACAGAGUCCCUUUUGGUUUCUAUCAGAACGUGUGGAAGAUUCUACAAAAGGUGUGUGGGACACUUUACAUAGAAAUGAUAAUAAACUGGCACCAUUUUCAGAUGACUCCAGGUGAAACAAAGUUAGCUGUGCAUGUGGAAACAGUCCUGAACCGUGUUUUGGUGGAGUCCAUCCUGGUGCUGACCAUGUUGGCUGAGGUGGAUGUCCAGAGUGUGGGUGGUGUCAUUCAGGUGGAGAGGAUUGUACAAAUGGCCAGUGAGAUGUUCUACAAUGAUCAGAAAGAACUGGGAGCUGAUGAGAGUCUCCUUGAGAAAGAUCACAUGACUGGCAUCUGCAGGCUGAUGUACGACAGCGCCCCCAGUGGUCGUUUUGGCAGCAUGACCUACCUUUCUAAAGCAGUGGUUAGCUAUGUUGAAGACUUUCUUCCCAGUGGAGCUUGUGCCAUUCAGUGAAGCUCCAAACUUUCGCU